GCGGCUAACUCGUGACGUACAAUUACAAAUAAGCAGCCACGGACGAGAAAACAAAAGUCUUCUUUUCUUCGUCUCUCUAUCUCUCGCCGAUCACACCGUCUCGUCGGGACGACGCUACUUAUUUUCCUCAAUUUCCCUCGCCGGAGCUCCGGAAAACUGGAGCUUGCUUUUUCUUCCUGUCUCCCAUUACUAUCGGUUUUGAUUGUUUCUAGAAUAUUCUCUUUCGCUUCCGCCCCACCUUUUUUUUUGUCUUCAUACUCCCAUUUUGCUAUUCAAUAUUAUCUCGACUCAACUUCCGUUUGUUAGUUCGGAGUUUGACAACUCAAGGUAUCGGUCAACUCUUCCCUCAAGGCGUGUAACUCUUGUUUUCUACUUUCUUUUGGUUGCGCGGCCAUUCGUUUGAUGGGUGUUUAGGGUAUCGUGUUUCUUGAUUCCGAGGAAGAGGUUACUGAAUUUUUAAUAUAAUUCGUGAUCGACUGCUUUUCCCGGACGAUCAUUCUGUUCAUAUGAUCUUCAAUACGUGGAAAUGACUGCUCCUCGUUCUCUACAUUUAUCAGGAAUUAAACAGAAUUCGUUUUCAGUUUAUGGGUUCUAAAGUUCAGUUCUUGCGCGUGGGGUAUUUAACGGCCCAAUUGGUGCUUUCAGGCCAUCUCUGAAUAAGAAGUUUGACAAGAAGUCUGGUUUUUCUCGAUAAAUGAGCUCUGGAAAACCAUGAAGAAGGUGAGGAGAAAGGUUGGCAAGUAUGAAGUGGGUCGUACCAUCGGCGAAGGUACCUUUGCCAAAGUUAAAUUUGCAAGAAACACAGAGACAGGGGAGAGUGCGGCUAUUAAAGUGAUGUCUAAGAGCACCAUUCUUGAGCACAGAAUGGUUGAACAGAUUAAAAGAGAGAUAUCCAUUAUGAAAAUUGUUAGGCAUCCCAAUAUAGUCAGGUUGCAUGAGGUUUUAGCUAGCCAGACUAAGAUAUACAUAAUUCUUGAGUUUGUCAUGGGAGGAGAACUAUAUGAUAAAAUUGUUCAGCAGGGGAAACUUUCAGAAAAUGAAUCUAGGCGCUACUUUCAACAGCUCAUAGAUGCUGUCGCUCAUUGUCAUAGUAAGGGUGUAUACCAUAGAGACUUAAAGCCUGAAAAUCUACUUCUUGAUGCUUUUGGGAAUCUGAAGGUUUCUGAUUUUGGACUAAGUGCCUUGACUAAGCAGGUCCCUGGCCUUCUCCAUACUACAUGUGGAACCCCAAAUUAUGUCGCCCCAGAGGUUCUUAGCAAUCUAGGUUAUGAUGGUGCAGCAGCUGAUGUCUGGUCAUGUGGAGUCAUCCUCUUUGUCCUUAUGGCUGGAUAUCUUCCUUUUGAGGAGCCAAAUCUACCAGCUUUGUUCGAAAGGAUCAAUGCCGCAGCAUUUAAAUGCCCAUUCUGGUUUUCCGCUGGGGCAGAGACAUUAUUACAUAAAAUACUGGAUCCAAAUCCUAAAACACGCAUUCGAAUUGAAGAAAUAAGAAGAGAUCCAUGGUUCGUUAGAAGUUAUGUUCCUGUUAAACUCGGGAGAGAUGAGGAAGUGAAUUUGGAUGAUGUUCAGGCUGUUUUUGAUGACAUUAAGGACAAGUAUGUAGCUGAAAAUUCGGAAACUACUGAGGGAGGUCCUUUGACAAUGAAUGCAUUUGAGAUGAUAACCUUAUCACAAGGAUUGAAUCUAUCGGCCCUAUUUGAUAGGCGUCAGGACUAUGUAAAGCGGCAAACUCGUUUUGUAUCUCGUCAACCUGCCAAAGUUAUAAUUGCGUCAGUUGGAGCUCUUGCAGAAUCAAUGGGCCUCAAGGUCCACUGUCGCAGUUACAAGAUGAGACUUGAAGGAGCAUCUGCAAAUAAGGCUGGACAAUUUGCUGUUGUUUUGGAGGUCUUUGAAGUUGCACCCUCACUUUUCAUGGUUGACGUUCGAAAGGCUGCUGGAGAUACUCUUGAAUAUCACAAGUUUUACAAGAAUCUUUGUGAAAAACUAUCAGACAUUAUUUGGAAACCAGCCGUGUCGGUGCCAAAUUCUGGUUUGCUUAGACAAAUGACUUGCUAAUCCAGCUUUGUGGGUGUUGAUUAAAUCGUACAUACAAGGGCACUAAAAGCUGCAUGAUAGGGGCAUGUUUUCCAGCCAUCACAAUGCAGUGUAAAUUGUGUAUAUGAAAUCCGGAUUGCGUGGAUUGGCCUCGUUGUCAGGUUGCAGUUUGCUUAUAGAUUGCCCAUUGUGUGGGAAUAUGCCUGCAAGUAGAUGUAUGUAGAAUGAAUAGCUCAAAUUAUAGUAAUAUAAUAGUAAUAAUAAUAAUCUCUUUUGAUGUGAGCCUGCAGAGAAUAUCUGCGGUUGAGACCUCGACUCCUGUUGACUAGUUGUAUCCUCUUGAAAACUAAUAACACGGAGCUUUCCAGUUUUAUAUCCUGGAGUGUUUUCAAGAGUUCAGUGAGUCCACAUAUGAUUGGAAGCCCAUAUAUUUUUAGGAAAGAUCUAAUUUGGGGUUCUCGAUCUGUCUAGUCUUGCGUGGGUAGGAUAAAUCAACUUGAUUUUUUUCUAGUUUGGCUUCAAGACUUGGGACAUCGUAAGUUCAAUGUUCAAUGUCUCAUUUUGAAUA